UUCCACCGCCUUUCCAAUUCGAGCGACCAGACCGCCUAGUGGUUUCGCGUUGAAGGAUUUGGAGACGGCAGGGCGGCGAAGAAGGGGAUGGGUUCGGAAGCUGGCGCGGUAGAGGAGUUGAUAGCGAGAAACGGCGGCGUCGCCGUGAUCGACGGAGGCCUGGCGACGCAGCUGGAGGCGCUCGGUGCGGUCUUCAAUGAUCCCCUCUGGAGCGCCCUCUGCCUUAUACGAGAUCCGCACCUUAUCAAACAGGUUCAUCUUCAGUAUCUUGAAGCAGGUGCAGAUAUCCUGGUGACUUCAUCCUAUCAGGCAACCAUCCCUGGAUUUUUGUCAAGAGGGAUGUCCCUUGAAGAAGGAGAGUUGUUACUUCAAAGAAGUGUCAAAUUGGCUCUAGAAGCCCGAGACAGUUUUUGGAAGCUUGCACAGCAGAAUGAAGAAAGCAAUUACAAUUGUGCUCUGGUGGCGGCUUCAAUCGGGAGUUAUGGGGCUUAUCUUGCAGAUGGUUCGGAAUAUAGCGGGAAUUAUGGACCAAGCGUUGACUUGGAAAAACUUAAAGAUUUUCACAGGCGGCGAUUGCAAGUUCUUGUAGAUGCUGGUCCAGAUCUAUUGGCAUUUGAAACCAUUCCUAAUAAGCUUGAAGCACAGGCAAUAACCGAACUUCUCGAUGAAGAAAACAUCCAAAUUCCAUCUUGGAUCUGUUUCAGCUCUAUGGAUGGUGAGCAUUUGUCGUCUGGAGAGGAUUUUAAAGAUUGCCUUGACAUAUUGAAUACAAGUGAAAAAGUCAGCAUUGUUGGGAUAAAUUGUGCAUCCCCACUCAUUGUAGAAAAUCUCAUUCGUCAGUUCAAAAAGUUAACAAAGAAACUAUUAGCUGUUUAUCCAAACAGUGGUGAAGUGUGGGAUGGCAGAGCUAAAAAAUGGCUGCAACCAGAGUGUGCAAACGAGAAGAGAUUCGAUUUGCUCGCUAAAAGAUGGCAUGAAUGUGGUGCUAGUCUUAUUGGAGGAUGCUGCCGGACUACGCCUAGCACCAUAAGAUCAAUUUCCAUGUUGCUGAAGAACAAGCCAUGACUGGUUUUUGGUUCUUGACAAAUAAGCAACCAGAAUACACAAGUGAGAAGAGGUUCGAUUUGCUUGCUAAAAGAUGGCACGAAUACGGUGCUAGUUCAUCAGAGGAUGCUGCCGGACCACGCCUAGCACCACAAGAUCAAUUUCCAGGUUGCUGAAGAACAAGCCAUGACUGGUUUUUGGUUCUUGACAAAUAAGGUUAGUAAGCUAGAGAUGUUGCAACGGGAAAAAAAAAUAUCGAAAAGUUUCACAUUGUUUGUGAAUGCAAAUGGUGAGUCGAAGACUGUGCUUUAUGAAUAUUGAUUAUUUUAGCUAUUGAAAGUUCAAUUGAAAAAAAGCCGUUGGCCUCUCUCUCACACGUUCUUCCCGGGCUAUCUUCCUCUCCCUCUCAUAUUUUUCCUUCCUCAAU